UUUUUUAAAUUAAUCUUUUCUAUUGUAUACAUGCCAAACAACAUAAUAACAGUACAGGUUGGUCAAUGUGGAAAUCAAUUAGGUAUGGCGUUUUGGGAACGGUUAUGCGCGGAGCAUGGAAUUUCUCCAUUAGGACAUAUUGCAAAAGAGGAUAGAAAAGGCGAAGAUUGUAAAGAUGUUUUCUUCAACGAGGCGAAUUGUGGAGCAAAGUGGGUACCACGUGCAGUUCUUGUUGAUUUAGAACCGCGUGUUUUGGGCGAAAUCUGCAACUGCGAAUUAAAUCAAUAUUCUGAUCUAUUUGAUGUUGAUAAUGUUUAUCAAGGUCCAACUGGCGGUGGCGCUGGAAACAAUUGGGCAAAAGGUUUUAAUCAAGGAGCUGAGGUCGUUGAAAGCAUUUUGCAAAUAAUUGAAACUGAGGCAGAAAAGGCAGAUAAUCUUGAAGGCUUUGCAAUAUGCCAUUCUAUACUUGGAGGCACUGGAUCUGGACUUGGCUCAAGAAUACUUCAGGAGCUUCGUGAUAGAUAUGGGAAGAAUCUAAUCCAGACUUAUUCGACUGUACAGCUUUUGACUUGUAAUGUUCAAGUUGCUCCAUACAAUAUUGUACUUUCUCUCGACUCAAUAAUGGAUCAUGCUGAUAUGUGCCUUUUGUUUGAUAAUGAUGCUUUCGAACGUCAUUGUAAAUCAGUUAAUCCAAUGCAUCGUUUAAGAAGAGAUGGAACUAAUGAGAAUUUAGCGACUUUAGCCAUUUCAGAGAAGAAAAAUUAUGCCCAAAUUAAUUCGAUGAUGAGUCAAGUAAUGGCUGGAUUGACUGCUCCAAUGAGAUUUUAUCAACCUACUUUUUCUCGUUUGAUGCAUAUUUCUGAAAUGAUUUGUCCUCUUCCACCGAUGGUUUUUGCACAGCCAGCACUCGUUCCAUAUGUUCCUGUUCGAGAAGAUACUCAAAGACCUCAACUUGUCAAAUUUCCAGAGCCAAAAAGCAUUCUCAACCAUUUAUUAGAUCCUCGCCAAUUAAUAAGCUCCAGCCAACAACUUUUAAAAGAACAAAAGGCGUCUAUAUUAAAACGUUCAGCUUCGGUUCACACAGAUGUUACUGCUUCAACACCAAAUGAAACCCGUCCAAUCGCAGAAGAGGAUGAUUUGCACAAUCUAUUGUCUGGAUUAAUUAUUUUACAGAGUAAUACAGAUCCAAUAAUGAGUUUUGCGGGGCCUACAGCGGCUGGUGGAAUGGGAAUUGGUUCAUUGUAUGAUCAUGUUAAAAUGAGAAAUAUGACACAAAAGAACGUUUAUAGAUCACCUAGUUGGAUGCCUGGAACAUUAAAUAUGACAACCUGUCGUAUAUCUCCCUACAUGAACCACAGUCAAAAUCCAGUAACUGGUCUUUUACUAGCUAACCAUACUUCGAUAGCUAUUUGUCUUCGCUCUAUUGCAACAGAUUUUCAAAAAAUGUGGCACAAAAAAGCUAAUGUACAUAAAUUCGAAGAAGCAAUGGAGCAAGGUGGAGAUAAACAAUUUGGGAAAAAUUGUUUGGAAGAAAAAAUGGAAGAAAGCAAAGAGAGAUUAAAUGAAUUGCUUCAACUUUAUAGAAAUUCUCGUUCUUCAAAUUUCAUCGAAUAUGAUUUUCAAGAACAACAGCUUUUACUUGACGAAAAUAGUAGUGAAUAUGCAACUUAUGGUACACCAAAAUAA